UCAACAAAUACAAGAAAAGAAAGCUAAAUUAUUGGCGUUAUAAAAAGUUAACCAUGGGUCAACAUGUAAUGGAUUACCACAGUCUAUCCGAGCAGUAGCGCGAACGCAGUUGUCAGGUGCUAUAUGGUAAUUCGACUCACUAUACCGUUUUUGAUUUCCGGUGAAAUCCUGCGCAUCGAGUAGGCGAGAAACGUGGGAGUCGCAGGUACAUGGGAGGAUGAGUAGUCAAUUUCCUUUCAGCGACACCGGUGACAUCGACGGAGACGUCGGACCAUUUAUAACGGUCGCUAAUAGAUCUUCGGUAAGCCGGCGUGAGGCCGUUUUACAGGUUUUCCGUCAACAUCGGAAUACAUCAGAGGUAUAUCGUCUGGCGACUAAUGGUCGUCGACGUCUACCCCGACGUCGUUGCCGUUGAAACGUGAGCCCUUUCCGCCAACGGUGUCAACCCUGUCUUGACACCUCGGGCUCAGGAAUCGUGGUCGGUUGAUAAAUCGACGAUAUCCGAAAAAUUUGUCAGCGACGCCUCCUCUCCGUGAUCCAUUGAAUCGUUCAACAGUUUUCCUGAAGAGCACACGUAAUCGGCCUGUCUUCGAUCUCAAAGCAUUCCGAUGGGAGACCUUCGGGGUAGUGUAUAAAAAAUAUUUUCCAAAAGUUGUAAGACGAAAUGGAUUGGAGUCCAGCGGCCCGGCCGUAUCUCGAAUCCAGGCGGCUAACAAAUCGUCCGGCUUUUGCUUCGAACGCUCCCGUGCGCUUAUUCGAAACAUGAUUAACUACCAUUCGCGUCCCGCUGACUGGUAAAUGGUUCGUCGGCCGAAGGUUGGUCGCCAUUGACAGGAGAUUGGAAUCAUUGACUCCACGUUCAUUCAACGAUCAGAUAUGUACAUCGAGCGAACGUACACGAUAGCGGGAUGUCGUUGGUGAACAGUUCAGCAAGCAUCAUUAGUGCAAGGGUUUCGUAUACGAAAUCGAAUGGGACGCGUACGACGGAGCACAGUCAACCGAACGGCAUGGUAUGGCGCAGCGUCGAAACCGUCGAUUCGUUCGGAAUGAACUGGUCCAGCAAGGUGAGGGACUUCCGGCCCCGGUCCGCUAUUAUUUUUGGGUGCCGCCUGGGUGUGACGAAGCUGAGUGAGUCAAGCGACGCUAGUGAUUUAGGCCCCCUUCGACUGUGGAAUCAUCGUGAACGCGAUACACAGGGACACACACGACCGCAGGUGAAUUGUGCGGCGGAUGGGACGAUGUCAGAAAGCUCCGGCCAGCGAAGCUAAUUCCAUCAACACUCGGUGGAUCGUUUCGCUUUCUGAUAUCUCAAAGACGGCGCGGCGCGACGGAACCCAACUAAGUGAUAAAACCAAGCAGGACAAUUUGUUACAAGGAGGCAGCCUUUACACCCGUGCACAGCAACCGGCAGCAGAGCUAAAUGGAGGUUAGCGCUACGCUGGCCCAUCGUCGGAAUUUUAUUAUUCAGGUUUCUACACACUGUGCCGGUGAAAUCUUUAUUUGGAAUCAUUCCAAGAACAAUAACGUAUAUGCCUGCGGCCCCCGUCCACCACUCUCCGUGUCUUUCCUUUCCUUCCGCCGAGCACUUCUCCCUCCCUCCUCGCCAACCCCUUCUUCGUGCCGGACCGAUCUGCU